CCGGAGUGGUUGCCAUUAGCAAAAUAAAGAACCUACGAGAAUGAGGACUACACUGGCAUUGACCCUGCUGCUCGGCUGCCUAACAGCGAACUUCGUGAGAGCAACUGAUGACAAGAAUACCGCUGAAAUUGUGAAGAAGUGCUUGGCCGAAUUUGGGGUUACAGAGCAGGACAUCUUGGACCUUAAGGAAGACAAGGUGAAGCCUGAAGACGUGAAGGAUAACAUGAAGUGUACCGCUCAGUGCGUGAUGGUGGCAAGCGGAUAUAUGGACGCGAAUGGAAACCUGCUCAGCGACAAAAUCAAGGAACAAUACGCCAACCAUCCCAAAAAGGAUACGGUUUACAAGGCCUUGGAGGUCUGUGGAGGUGAAAAGGGAGAAAAUGCCUGCGACACCGCAUUCCAGAUCGUCUCCUGCGUCAAGACCAAUGGCCACUCAUUCGAAUAAAACACGAUCUCGAUUAUCACGGA